AACAAAAUUGGCAUGAUGGCCAUGUGGUUUGAACUUGGCGGUGACUUUUAUAGCAAUUGGCAACUCACCACCUACCAGCUGAUUUUACGCUGGCAACGCUGGCAACACUGCUGGCUGGCUGCUGCUGCUGCUGCUGCACUGGUGGCAGCCGACGAUAGCUCAGCUGCCAAAUCGAGUAGGAGAGAGACCCGAACUCAAGACUUAGACUUCAGAGUUCAGUGUAGUGUGGACGGUGAAUUUGGAAGGUUACGGCCGCUCCCAGUUAUUACAAUGUUUCGGAUAGGGUCAGCCGUAGUGCGGGCGGUGGUGAACAAUGGGGGCGUGGAAGGAAUCCUGAAGGGGGCAGCCGCCCCCGCAGCGUCGGUUGCCGUCCGCCACUCCAGUGACUACGAGAGGCAUCAGAUCCCCGACCGAUUACAGUACAUCCCCGAUGCCGAGGACCCCUCCUUCUUCGAGAUGGUCGAGUACUUCUUCCACAGGGGUUGCCAGGUGGUGGAGGAUCAGCUGGUCGAGGAGAUGAAGGAGCGAAUGAGCCUGGAGGAGAAGCGGAGCAAGACGAAGGGCAUCCUGCGCAUCAUGGAGCCCUGCCACCACGUCCUCGAAGUGGCCUUCCCCGUCAAGAGGGACAACGGCCACUACGAAAUGAUCCACGGUUACCGUGCACAGCACUCCCUCCACAGGACGCCUACAAAGGGCGGUAUUCGUUACUCAAUGGACGUGUGUGCUGAUGAAGUGAAAGCUUUGUCAGCUUUGAUGACCUUCAAGUGUUCCUGUGUUGAUGUUCCCUUUGGUGGUGCAAAGGCUGGUCUUAAGAUUAAUCCAAGAGAGUACUCCAUCAAUGAGCUCGAGAAAAUUACUCGUCGUUUCACCCUAGAAUUGGCCAAGAAAGGAUUUAUUGGACCUGGUGUGGAUGUCCCUGCUCCUGAUAUGGGUACUGGAGAACGUGAGAUGUCAUGGAUUGCUGACACAUUCGCCAAGACUAUUGGCCAUCAUGAUAUCAAUGCCCAUGCUUGUGUCACUGGUAAGCCAAUCAACCAAGGUGGUAUCCACGGGCGUACGUCUGCUACUGGACGUGGUGUAUUCCACGGAUUAGAGAACUUUAUCAAUGAAGCAUCUUACAUGUCAAUGAUUGGCUCAACACCAGGCUGGGGCGGCAAGACUUUCAUUGUGCAGGGCUUUGGUAAUGUGGGCCUUCAUUCCAUGAGAUAUCUUCACCGUGCAGGUGCUACUUGUAUAGGUGUUAAGGAAUAUGAUGGCUCCAUUUACAACGCUGAUGGCAUUGACCCUAAGGAACUGGAAAACUGGAGAAUUGAAAAUGGUACUAUUAUGGGCUUCCCUGGUGCCGAGACCUAUGAGGGAGAAGAUCUUCUUUAUGAGAAGUGUGAUAUCCUCAUUCCCGCUGCUAUUGAGAAAGUCAUUCAUAAAAAUAAUGCAGACAGAAUUCAAGCUAAGAUUAUUGCUGAAGCAGCUAAUGGCCCUACAACUCCUGCUGCUGAUAAGAUUCUCCAAGACAAGAAUGUACUGGUUAUCCCAGAUUUGUACAUUAAUGCUGGUGGUGUCACGGUAUCGUACUUUGAAUGGCUAAAGAAUCUCAACCAUGUCUCUUACGGCCGUCUCACAUUCAAAUACGAAAGAGAAUCCAACUAUCAUCUGUUAGAAUCUGUUCAAGAGUCUCUUGAGCGCCGGUUUGGUCGUGUUGGUGGCAAGAUUCCCAUAGAGCCAUCAGACGCUUUCCAGGAUCGCAUUUCUGGUGCUUCUGAAAAAGAUAUUGUCCACUCUGGUCUUGAUUAUACCAUGGAGCGCUCAGCACGAGCCAUCAUGAGAACUGCAAUCAAGUACAACUUGGGAAUUGAUUUGCGCACAGCUGCUUACGUCAAUGCUAUUGAGAAGAUCUUCAACACCUAUAGUUCUGCUGGCCUUACUUUCACUUAAAUGUGGUUUAGAGAUAAUCCAGGAUGAUCCUAAGUCUGAAAGUGUACAUGUUAGAAUAUGAGAGAUAUUGCCAAUUUUAGAUCUUUUGACUACUGUUAUGCAUAACUUGGCUUUACUUCAAGUAAAGUUAACUAGUGUCAAACCUGGAAAGAAAGUGGAGGCUUUUAUAUUAGGUAAGGGGAAGGUUUGUUAUAUUUUCAUAUUUGUACUAUAAGGAAAUUCCCCAGACAUCUAUUAGUAAUUCUGUUUGUAGAUUAAAGAAAAUUUUCAUGGUUUUUUAAUAGUGUCUGGUUAAUUACCUUUAUAUAUUAAAUUUUUCAUGAUGCAGUGUAGUAAUUUGAAUUGAAUUUCUGGUUAUGAUGUGAAACAUACAGGCAUGUUACGAAAUUGUUAGUCUGUAUAGUAAUAUCAAUACAUUUUGAUGUUAAAAAAAUUCUUUUUGUGUUUUGUAAAGCAAGGUGACUUGCAAUGUUUAUUUUAUUAUCAAAAAUACCCAAUAAAUAUUGGGAAAACCUUCA